AUGAAAGCCCUCGCCAAGAACCCUAAUUUCCGAUCCACUUCACUUUCCUCUCUCAAAUCCGUUGAAAACUGCCUUUCAUCGAUGAGCAUUGAACGUUCUGCUCUCGGCCGAAUUUUCGACAUGUACCCGCAACUUCUCAAUUCCGAUCCCUACUCUGACCUCUACCCAAUUUUUGAUUUUCUGCUUAACGAUGUUCAUAUCCCAUUCCCCGAUAUCCGAAAAUCCAUAAUUCGAUGUCCAAGGCUCUUAAUUUGCAGUGCAGAAAUAUUAUUGGUUUCUAGUGUGGAGGGUACUUUGAUGCCCAAAUUGGAUUAUUUGAUGAGUUUGGGGUUGGAAUAUGAGGAAGUGGUGAAUAUGGUGUUGAGGUCACCAGGGUUGUUAACGUUUAGUAUAGAGAAUAAUUACAGGCCAAAGGUGGAGUAUUUUUUGAAUGAGAUGAAUGGGGAUGAGAUGUUGAGGUUUAGUGAUGGAGAGUUUAAUGCAAGGCUUGUAGAGAUGCGGCUGCGGUUAGUUGUUGAGGCACAGUUGUAG